CCUAGCAGUUUUAGUUCAACCUAGAGCUGUAGUGUCAACACAUUUUGUCCUGGUAAGUGCAGCAGCACCAGCUUGAACUCGGCGCGCAAACCGCGCUCCGGAACUGCAUGAGGUGGGUAAAGAGGUAACAGGAUGGAGAUUGCGGUCACAGGGCAACAGCAGCAUCCUGUGUUGAGCGUCGCCAGUGGUGCUAUAAUUGUAAUUGUAAUGUUACAUAAAAACAGCAACAAAAGAACAGAAGGAGCACAUACAAAAAUUUAAAAUGGGAAAGAAGCAUAAAAAACACAAGCCUGAGUGGAGAACCGUUGAUGAUUAUCGUUCAGAUUAUGUGGACAAGCCUUUGGAGAAGCCUCUAAAACUGGUCCUAAAGGUUGGAGGAAGUGAAGUUACAGAGCUUUCAGGAUCAGGGCACGAUUCCAGUUAUUAUGAUGACAGAUCAGACCAUGAGCGGGAACGACAUAAAGAAAAGAAGAAGAAGAAGAAAAAGAAAUCUGAAAAGGAGAAGGAUAAGCAUGUGGAUGAAGAAGAGAGGAGGAGGAGGAAGGAAGAAAAAAAGAGGAAGCGAGAGAGAGAGCAGUGUGACACUGAGGGAGAGGUAGAGGGGGCCAGUACGUUAAAAAAGAUGGAGGAAGAAAAAAAGAGGAAGCAGAUUGACACUGAGGGUGAGGUGGAUGACUUUGACAGGGGAAUAAAGGUGGAGCAGGUGGAGCACCCGGCAGACAGGCCAGUCAGAUCAUGCAGAACUCAGCAGGAAAACGACUGCACCCCCCUACAACAGCUACUAGAACAUUUCUUACGACAGUUACAGAGGAAGGAUCCCCAUGGGUUCUUUUCAUUUCCAGUUACUGAUGCUAUUGCUCCUGGUUAUUCCAUGAUUAUUAAGCAUCCUAUGGACUUCAGCACAAUUAAGGAUAAGAUUGAAAUAAAUGAGUAUAAAUCAGUGACUGAGUUCAAGGCUGAUUUCAAACUGAUGUGCGAUAAUGCUAUGGUUUAUAACCGACCAGAAACUGUGUACUAUAAGGCAGCAAAGAAGUUGCUUCACACAGGAUUUAAGAUGAUGAGCAAAGAACGGCUUUUAGCUUUGAAGCGCAGCAUGUCGUUCAUGCAGGACAUGGAUUUUUCUCAGCAGGCAGCUAUUUUGGGCAACGAAGACACAACAGAAGAACCGGUUCCAGAAGUUAUACCAGUGCCUGUUGAACCGACAAAGAAAUCAAAGAAACCAGUGAAAGACAUGAACGAAGUUGUAAGCUAUCUGUAUGAACCAGAAGGCACAGCUUGCAGUUUAACAGAUAGCACAGCUGAAGAACAUGUCCUGGCAUUGGUGGAACACGCAGCUGAUGAAGCCAGGGAUAGGAUCCGCAGACAUCUUCCCUCUAGCAAGCAAGACACCCACAGAACUCCAAACAAAAUGCAACUAAUCAAAAGAAAGAUUGGCUACCUGAAAAAGGAUGCAGAUGGUGCUCUGGUGUAUACUGUCGUCAACCAGUCUGAUCCGGAGACUGAAGAAGAGGAGACCCACCCUAUUGAUUUAAGCUCGCUGUCAAACAAACUGCUUCCUGGUUUAACUACCUUGGGCUUCAAAGAUGACAGAAGAAACAGAGUUACAUACCUCAACAGUGCCUAUAACACACAGUCAUUACAGAACAAUACAGUUUUCCCUGAUCUCAGGCCAGAUGAAAUGGAACUCUUGUAUUCAUCAUAUGGGGAUGACACUGGUGUGCAGUGUGCCUUAAGUUUGCAGGAGUUCGUAAAAGGAUGUGGGAACUUCACAAAGAAAAUAGUGGAUGGCCUGUUAGACCAGAUGACAGGCGGUGAUCAUUCCAAAGCUAUUUAUCAAAUAAGACAGAGGAGAAACAUCGCAAUGAAACCCCCAGAUGAGACAAAAACUAGCCUAUGUGAUAUGCAGGUUGGGGAUGCAGCUGGCAUGGCUGAAGACAGCAGUAACUCUGUACUGGAUUUCAUGUCCAUGAAGUCCUAUUCAGAUAUGUCCUUAGAUAUGUCAAUGUUGCACACACUAGGCAAAACAGUAAAAAAAGAGCCAGACCACGAAGAUGGCCAUCUCCAUUUUGAUGAGGCGGCUAAGCUGCUACAAGACCUUCACGAGGCUCAGAAUGACCGAGUAGGAUCAAGACCCUCUUCCAACCUCAGUUCAUUAUCCAAUGCCUCUGAACGGGAUCAGCACCAUCUAGGGAGUCCUGCUCAUCUAAGUGUUGGAGAACAAGCCGAAAUGGUCCACGACCCUUACGAGUUUCUACAGUCUCCAGAACCUGGUUCCACUGCCAAUAGCUGAUUUAGUUUACUAUUUAGUAAAUGUCCACAUACUUUUCUGUCCUCUUUUAGACAGAUUAUAUAUAUAUAUAUAUAUAUAUAUAUAUAUAAUAUAAAAUCAUGUGUAUAUAUAUUUCAUGUGUAUAUUAAAGUGACUUGAGUAAUAACUUCUGUAUCUAUUUAAUUAGUAGGACAUACAUUAGCAAAGUGUUUUGUAUUUGUUUUUAAAUUAUUUUGUAUAUUUUUAAUUGUGACCGAUGUAUAAAGAUUUGUAUUUGUAUUUAUUUAUUUUAAGUUCAAACUCAGUUCCAGAAGACUUUAUUUUCAGUGUAGAAAGUUACAUUUGACACCCCUUUUUAAGAAACAAGAUUUAAUCACAAAAAAUAUGGUACAAUAAUACAUGAAGUAAGUUACUUAAUCCUCUUCGUGCCAGGUGGCACAUAGGACAGCAACAAGUGUUCUUCAUCUCUGCUGGUUGUGAACGAUUUUCUCAGCUGUGCCCCAUGUCGGGUUUUCUGUUGUCAGCCUCCAUGUUGUUUUCGACCUUCCUCUUUUCCUUUGUCCAUCUGGUGUCCAUCUCAAUGCUGUCUUGGCAAUGUCUUUGACAUUUGUUCUCAGUAUGUGGCCUAGCCAGAGCAGUCUGCGUCUCUUGAUGAUGGUUUUCAUACUUUCUGCAAAGUACAGGCAGAUCUUGGAGGAAAACCUGUUCCAGUCUGCCAGAGACCUGAGACUGGGGAGAAGAUUUACCUUUCAGCAGGACAAUGAUCCUAAGCACAAAGCAAAAGCAACAAUGGAGUGGCUCAGCAAGAAGAAAGUGAAUGUCCUUGAGUAGCCUAGUCAAAGCCCAGACCUGAAUCCUAUAGAAAAUCUGUGGCAAGAUGAAGACUGCAGUCCACAGACGAUCCCCAGCCAACUUGAAAGAGAUGGAGCUAUUCUGCCAAGAAGAAUGGGCAAAAACUGCACCAUCCCGCUGUGCUAAGUUGGUAGACACUUAUCCAAAACAAUGCAUGGCUGUUAUUGCUGCAAAAGGGGCUUGCACCAAGUAUUGCCUCAAGGGGUGUGAAGACUUAUGCAAGCAAGACUUUUUAUUUUUUUAUUUAAUUUCUUUUUGAAUAUUUCUAUAAUUGUUCUUUCACGUUGAAAGUGUAGAUGAUGUUGUGUAGAUCAGUGAAGUAAACUCCUACUUUAAUGCAUUUUGAAUUGUAUUUUUUAGGCAGUAGAAUGAUAAUACUGUAACUUUAAAUUCUCUUUUAUUAAUAAAAUGAAAUUGCCUAAAUAAAACAAAAUAUUCAAUGAGUAACAACAUAUCCUCCAAAAUUGUAAAUAAUAUAGUUUAAAAAUAAAUGUGAUUAUUGAAAUAAAACAAAGCUACAAUGUUAACAGGUCUACAGUCGGUAGCUAUCGAACAGCACUGGUUAUACUUCUAGUAUCGUACUUUGCUUAAUUCAUGGGUUUGCAGCAAUCCUGAAUUUCUAAAAGAGUACUCUGUCGAAACUGAUGGGUUUCAUUUGUUGUAUUGUUGUCGUCUGUAGCAGAAAAACUACUAGAGUGUAUUUUGAAAAGUGAAAGUAUGUUUAGCACGCAGGCGGUACAGCAGACUAGAUGCACUUCUGUGAUACUGGAACUCACUUUGACAGCAGAAACAAGUAAACCUCUUUAUAUCCAAUGAACCGUCAAAGUUUUAAAAAUAUAAGUCCCAUUCACAAGUCCUUCAGUUUGAGUGCUUUGCUACAUAAUGCGGUUCUGUGACUAAUUUUAUAUUCAUAUGAUGACUGCACUGAUUCAGUCCUGGCAUGCACUAAUAUGGUGCCGCAGGAAAUGAAUCACGGUAUGCUGAGAGGGACAAGACAGGAGUGCGAUUUAAAAUAAGUUAAAAAAUGUAUAUAUAUCUUCCAAAAAAUGUAUGCAUUAAUCGCAGAACUUAACUGUGAUUUAAUUGACAGCCCUUAUAACAAUGCAUUAUAAACAGGGGCUUAGGCCCUAUCACCGAGCCAUUGGCUCUUUAGACAAAAAAUGUGUCUGGGGCCCUUUAAGUAUUGUGCAUGCAGGCCUUUUGUUAAGUAGGCUACUGUACAUUUAAUCUGCAGUAUUAGAAAAAAAAAGUUAUGUUUCUGUGUUUAAUUGCUUCACAGCCAUAUUAUUUGUGGUCAAUAAACAAAUAAGAAUAA